GCCAUGGGACUGGCUGAGGCAGAGUCUCAGUGUUGCCCUGCACAGGCUGAGGCAAGUCUCAAAUUUUCUCUUUAUACUUUCUGUACUCGAAGGGGCAUCACGGCUAAUAGCUGUUGAAUACAAAUGUCCCCAAACAUGGUGCAAGUUUGGCGAUGGCCCUCAGUUUUGUUUAUUUCAAGGGAGUCAAAUAGUUUUUGCCAACAUGUUAGAUGUACACCAAUAUGUUUGACUUGCAUAUUAAAGGAAUAUUUCAGGGUGUUAUCUGUGGCAUGCUGUCGAUUACCGCAGACAAUAUUUUCAGCUUGUCAUUUGGUUUGUAAAAACAAAUUGGAAACUGGUAGGAGACAAUAUUUAUAGUGGAAGCCUAGUUGGCAAGUGGGCAAAUAUGCAAGAAAUUUUAAAUAUGCAACUUCACACUGUUGCAUAUUAGCAUGACAGUGGUGUGAUGGAAUCACCUGCCAUCCUUGCAUCUGCUAGUGGCAUGGAGUUCAGUUCUGUAAACUGCCUUCACAAGAAUUACUUAAUUAAAAACGUAAUCCCACAACCUAGAACGAAACGUUUGUUUUCAAACAGUUUUCUGAAUAUACCACCUGUCUGCAGUUGAUUGAACAAUCCCACCACACACACACAGUCAAUGUUAUUGUGGCUGUAUGGAUGGCUUGCUCAAAACAGAGGAAUUUUGAUCUGUUUAGCUCCACAGUGUUUAUAGUGGUCUGCAUAUUAAGCUGCGAUAAGAGAAAGUAUUUUAACACACAAAAAAUUACACACUUCAGCUUUAAGAGCAUUAACAUGUUUCCCAUUAAUUUAUGUAUACUGAGGAAUGAGGUUAAAUAAUCAGGUGUGGUAAUCGACAACCUUUCACAAAUGCUGUUCUUAGAGGUUAAUAUGAAACACCUGGAUAUACAGUAUAUUGUUUAACUUUUCCCUAUUUGAUGCCAUAUUUUGUUUUGAUAAAGCAUACUACAGUUUCAUAAUUAAACUUCUCAGAAGUGGCUGAACAAUAGCUAUUCAAAAAUGCGUAGUUUUACAUUUUCAUUUACAAUCUAUCUACUGGUUUUGAAGAAACUGAUUUUCUUUACAUGAUGUGUUGAGGGGAGAUAAUGGUGUAAAUGACUGGUUUCUAUCUACAGAACUACUUCAAUGGUUAAUUUGGUUUUAAGCAAAGCAUAAGAAUCAGGUGGUAUUGUGUUCUGAAAUGUUUUUUUUUUAUUUUUAUAAAUGUUUAGAUAUUUGUUGCUCUAUCCACCCUGUUUGUCUGUUAUCUGUCAUUUACCCUUGGUUAUUAAGGAAAAUGUUAUCCAGGACCUCAUUUACAGGUUAGAGUAAGUAUUAAUUAUUCUAGGUUUGUAAAUUUCCGUGUUUACCCACUGUUAAUGGGUAGUUUUCAUUAAAAGCAAGAGCCGUUGUUUAUCUACGUGCUGCAUGCCAACUGGUUUCUUUGCCUGGUCUCCAGAAGGUUUCUUUGGUAAGUUUACAUCUUGUAGUCCUCAAUCUCUCAGUCCUCAUUGCUCUUUUCAUUUAUAUGGGGAAAACAAUUGAAAUAUAUAUACUUUUGAUCUGUUUGAUUUUGUAAAGAAAUAUAAAGUUGUAUAGAAAUUGCCCAUGAUCCAUCUGUUGCUUUACAGGGUGUGUUUUUUUUUUUUUUUUUUACACCAUUAGAGCACAGAUAAGACUUGUCGCCACCUUUACUUUUUGUCUUGUUUAAAUACAAUAAAGGUCUCUCAAAACCAACGGUUUUCUUUGUAUAUUGGAUCCUGUAUUUAUUUUAUCCUUGGAUUGGUUCUUGAAAACACCAAGGUAAAUGUAGAAACAACUUGACGCUAAUGUAUUUUUUUUUUUUUUUUAGCAGACACGUUUAUCUAAAACAACUUACAAGAGUACAGCAUAAGUGAUUUUAUCUUGAGGCAAUAAUGAGAAGUGCUGCAAUACAAUUGUCAGGUUUGUACAAGCAGAUAGAAAAUGAUAGACUGUGGUAAACUAAUUAAUUACAUGUUUUUAUUUUUAUUAAAAAAAAGUUUAAUUAAUUGGAUUGAGCCAAGUGCUCACGGAUCAGAUGCAUCUUCAGAUAAUUAGGUGGUUUAUUUUUAAAAUCAUCAAAGAGUACCACACUAUAGAAAUCUUUCCAGUAAUGGGACUUCUGUACAACUGCAGAGGUCAGAGAUUAAUGGUAUGCAGCAUAUGGACCUUAAAUGGAAAAUACUAUGGAAUAACAAUAAAUUGAAUGUUUCCAUGUUUGAAUAACAAGUAACUUUCACAAGAAAAGUACAAGUAACAGAAAAGUAGCAAAAGAUCUCACUUUCACUUGCUUUUAAUUCUGAAGGGAUUGACACUCCAUGGUCUACAAUACUUGACACAAAAACACUACUAUAACCGCUGUGUCUGUCUGAUUAAUUUCCUGUGCUUAGGUGGAGCUUAGGUUCAGAUGAAAAGAACAGUCCUAUUACUAGAUGAAGCAGACUGAACAACUGUGUAUUAAAGGAGAGAUGAACGUUUAAGCACACCAUGAGAGCAUACUUAUUUCUUUGGAUCUUAUUGGAGCAGAUUUUAGGUAUGUUAAUCUGAACUAAAAAUUGGAUACCUUUAGAAUGUUUACCAUGUGCUUUAAAAGUAUCAGUUCAGUCUCCAAGAACAAACUUUCAAUUUCAGAAAAUGAAUGUAAUCCCAAAUGUUUUACUUCAAUUUCAUAGUAUUAUUUCUAGGUUUACAUUUAAUUUAGUGAUAUUAGGGAAGACUUCAGUAAAGUCUUGGAGCCCUAACAUCAGAUUACAUUUAUUGUAGGCUUGUAUGUAUUUGUACAAGUGUCUAAUUAGGCUCUAUUUGAGUGACAACGGCUUUAAUAUAUUUGUUCUACAUGUUACACAUAAAAUAAAUUGGCCAUGAUUAUGUUAUAUACUUGUAAAAAUAUGUUUUAUUCUUCUAUAUAAAUUGUCCAGACUUUUCAGCAUAUCAAGAUUUCCAUAACAUUCAAAGGCUUGAAGGUGAAUCGGUGGACAUGUUUUUGUAUGGCACAACACUGAAAAUCACAACCAGUGGUGCUAUACCUGAGAUGGUUUACUCAUUUAGAAAGGGUGAUGAACAUUUUUUUUGAAUAAAUGUAUUUUUAUUAAAUUAUGAAAAAUACACAAACACAACAGAGAAAAGGCACAGACAGGAAUGCAUGGGAGAAAGCAACAAUGUAACACAAAUGUAAAUAGUAAUAAGUAAAUAAAAAAAGAGACUAUUAGAGUCCACAGAGUAGUUAUCUAUUUACAGCACAAUACACGUUAUCCAGAGUCAAGAGGCAUGGUCAACCGUUCUACAAAUGAAAUAAAAGGCUGCCACACCACAUCAAAUUUUCCCUUGGAUCCAUUCAGUGUAUAUUUCAUCUUUUCAAUCUUAAGAAAGAUGGUGAUGUUGCAAAUCCACCUGCCAAAGGUGGUCGUUCUUCCAAUUUAAAAGAAUGAGACGCCUUGCCAAGAGAGAAUAGGCUAUGCUGUUUAAUUGUGCUUUUUGCUGGACAGUAUCAUUUGAUGGCACACCAAAAAGCCAGAGAAAAGGACAGGGUCGAAGAGCCAAACCUGUAAUCUCUGAAUAAACCUAAAAAAUAGAGGACCAAAAUUUUGUCAGACUUGGACAUGACCAAAAUGUGUGAUAGAGACUGCCGGGAGCUUGCUUGCAUCUAUUACAAAUGCGGCUAACCCCAGGGAAAUAUUUUGAAAGCUUGACAUUUAAAGCUGAUGUAUAAUCUAGAAUUGAAUAAGACCAUAUGGGUAUUGCACAAAAGCAAGAUAAGGGAUUAAGCUGGGAUUUUCUGACGAAUAUCUGACUGAGAGGUACAGAUUCUCAGGUGAUGGCAUCAGAUAUUUGUGUAGGCUGCUGGGUCCAAACAUACAGCACGGAGCCAUGCUCUCACUGUCCCACAGAUGGUCUGCGUAGCACUGCGAUUCUUUGCAAGUGGCAUGUUUCUGUAUUCUGUCGGUGAUGCAGAAAACCUCAAUAAAGCCACUAUUUGCCGCACAAUAAGAAAUGUAAGUCUGGCAUUGAAAUCUCUUGUGCAUAUAUUUAUCACCUUCCCUGGUCACAGAAGAUUCAUCCAUAUCAAGGAGGAGUUCUACAAGAUUGCAGGUAACACGAAUAAUAACAGAUUACUACAAAAUGUUACGUUAGCACAGUCACAGUAUGACACAUUAUUUUGUGUUACAGCUUUUCCUAAUGUAAUUGGUACAGUGGAUUGCACCCAUAUUCGUAUCCAACGCCCCUCAGGGGCACAUGAGGGAGAUUAUGUUAACGGGAAAUCCUUCCACAGUGUCAAUGUUCAGAUGAUCUGUGAUGCUGACUGCCUUAUCACAAAUUUAGAGGCAAAGUGGCCUGGCUCAGUCCAUGACUCCAGAAUCUUUCGGGCCAGUAGAAUUUACCAGAGACUCCCUCUAGGUGAGUUCUCUGGUGUGCUGCUGGGGGACAAAGGCUAUGCCUGUGAGACAUUUCUGAUGACUCCCCUUACAGACCCCCAAACCCCAGCACAGCAAGCUUACAACCAUGCCAAAACCAGGGCUCGAAUUGAAAUGACCGUCAGCCUUCUGAAAUCACGAUUUCAGUGCCUGCACCACCUGAGGGCCUCCCCAGACAGAGCAUGUGAUGUGACUGUUGCCUGCACAGUGCUGCACAAUAUUGCCAGCCUAAGAAAAGAAAGGGCUCCCAGAGUUGCUUUGGAUGUUGAUUGGGACAAUGCUGCCAUAUUCCCAGAUAACAGAAAUGGUAGACUUGUUAGAGAACAAUACAUUGCAAAUUAUUUCAGUUAAUUUAGUUUUGAUUUAGCCCAUCCCUUAAUAAAGGAUAAUGUAGGCUAUAUAACUUUUUCAUGUGUACAUGCAUUUUAUUUGGCAUCGGUAGCACACACUGUGGUUAUCUUCACAAA